GCGAGCGAAACCUCCCGCAGUUGGCAAUUUCCCAUGAGCUCGAUCGGACGCAAGCACCGCAAUAGCCUCACGACCGGGCAGAUCCAAGUCAGCGUCGGCGGGAAGCGCUCGGUGCUGGCGCCGUCCGAGGCCGCGACCAAGGUGACGUCGCCGACAGUCAUGUCGAUGAAGAGCGUUCUCCAUGCGUGCCAGUCGGUCUUCCGCCGGCCGCGCAUCCGCGGGCGCUCGAUCGAGCCCGAGUCGGAGAUGCUUCUGCUUCCGCGGGUCGCCAAGAGCAACGAGGCCAUCCGCAUCAUCUCCAAGGCGCUCCGAGCGCACUACCUCUUCCAGACGCUCGAGGACGCGCAGCUGCUCGAGGUCGCACACGUCAUGGACCUUGUCACGCACAACGACGGCGACGAGGUCAUCACGCAAGGCGACACGGGUAAUGCGUUCUUCGUGCUUGAAGCCGGCUCGUGCCAAAUCCUCGUCGACGACAAGGUUGUUGGCCACUACGUCGGUGGCCAGGCCUUUGGCGAGCUCGCGCUGCUCUACAACGCGCCGCGCGCGGCCACGAUCAAGGCAACAUCGCCGUGUACGCUGUGGAAAAUCGACCGCGUCAUCUUCCGCAAGAUUGCAACGACCGCCGAGAUGCAGUCGCAGAAGGCGCGGCUCGACUUCCUCAAGCAAGUGGACUUUUUAAAGCACCUCGGCGACAAGCCGCUGCGCAAGAUCGUCGACGUCCUCCGCAUGGAGUACUUUGGUGCAGGCGCAUCCAUCAUCCGGCAAGGCGACGAAGGCAACACGUUCUACAUGAUCGUGCAGGGCUCCGUUCUCUGCUCGAGCGAGCAUGACGAGCAUCUCGUGACGCUGCACGCCGGUCAGUACUUUGGCGAGCGCGCGCUCCUCACCAACGAGCCGCGCAAGGUCAACUGCGUCGCCGAGACCAACGCCACAUGCUAUAUGCUCGGGCGCCGUGACUUUACGCAGCUCCUCGGCCCGCUGCAGACGCUUCUCGACCGCCAAGUGCGCCUCCGCACGCUGCGCAGCAUCACGCUCUUGAGCCACCUCUCGGACCCCGAGCUCGACUUGAUUGCACUCGCGUUCCGGACAGUCUCGUUUACUGACGGCCAAAAGAUCAUCCGACAAGGCGAGAUCGGCAACACGUUCUUCAUCAUCCAGCAAGGGGUCGUGUCCGUGCAGAAGGCCGGCGUCCAGGUCCUGCAGCUCCGGUCUGGCGAGUUCUUUGGCGAGCGCACGCUGUUGCACAACGAGCCGCGGGCCGCCGACGUGGUUGCGUCCGGGCCCGUCGAGUGCCUCAGCCUUGACCGCCCGGCGUUUGAGCGCUGUCUGAGCAAGCUUCGCGCGGUUAUGGCCGAUGAGGCGAAGCGCCAAGAGCUCAUCCAGGCGUCGAUCCUCGGUACGCCAGUGCCAGCGUCCAAGCACUUGGACUUUGCCGAGCUCGAGAAGAUCGACACGAUCGGGGCUGGCACGUUUGGCCACGUCUUCAUGGUCAAGCACAAGCCGAGCGGGAUGACGUAUGCGCUCAAGUGCAUGCCAAAGCACAACAUUGUCGCGACGCACCAAGUGCUCAACAUUUUGAACGAGAAGCGCAUCAUCUGCGAGUGCACCCACCCGUUCAUUCUGCGCCUCGUCGAUACCUUUGCCGACCGCGACCAGCUCUACAUGGUGCUCGAGCUCGUGCAAGGCGGCGAGCUCUGGAGCUUGCUCUACGAAAAGUCGUUUUACCUUCCAAAAGGCAGCACCGGUGGCUUUGACGUGCCAACCGCGCGCUUUUAUGCGGCGACGGUCGUCGAGGUCUUCCGAUACCUCCAGACGAUCAACGUCGCGUACCGCGACCUCAAGCCCGAGAACCUCAUGCUCGACGAUAAAGGCUACCUCAAGAUGGUCGACUUUGGCUUUGCCAAGCACAUUCCGUUCUUCAAGCAAGGCGCGCUCUGUGAAAAGACAUUUACGGUCUGCGGCACGCAAGAAUACAUGGCGCCCGAGAUCUUGCUGCAGAAAGGCCAUGGGAUCGCGGUCGACCACUGGGCGCUCGGCUGUCUCAUCUACGAGCUCCUCGUGGGCCACACGCCGUUUUACUCGGACUGCCACGACGACCUCCAAGUCGUGUGGAAUGUCCUGCACGCGCCGUCGACGCUCCGCUUCCCCCACGGCUUUGACCCGGAGGCAAAGGACCUCAUCUCGAAACUACUCGAGCCCAACCCGCGUCUGCGCUUGGGAUCACUGCCCGGUGGCAUGAACGACGUGAUGCUGCAUCCGUGGUUCUCGACCGCGUGCUUUGAUUGGACGGCGCUUCGAACCCAGACGCUCACGGCGCCGUACACGCCGCCAAUUAAGGAUGCACUGGACUUGAGUCAGUUUGGUCACUUUCCCAAGGCUGGCAAGAUUGUCAAGUACAACGGCGAAGACUACUUUGCCGACUUUUAGAACCAGCCGCGAUAGUUCCAUUUCAUAAAUGCAUUUGCACGCGGAGUCUGUGGCC